AUGACCACCGCAAACACCGCCCGAUUCAACGCCGAGGCCGCGGCCUGGGACUCCAACCCAGGCGUCCUCCUCGCCAGCGCCCUCGCCUCCGACGCCAUCCUCUCCCGCCUCGGACGGCCCGACCCCCUGCCCGACGUCCUCGAGCUGGGCUGCGGCACGGGCCUGCUAUCCCUCUCCCUGGCCCCGCACGUCCGCUCCCUGACCGCCGUCGACGCCGCCGAGGGGAUGGUCGCCGCGCUACGGGCCAAGCUAGCCGCGGACGGUGGGCUGGGGGGGCACAGCAACGUGCGGGCCGUGUGCGCCCUGCUGGAAGACCCGGACGACGCGCGCAUCCGGGAGGAUCCCGUCGCGCCCGAGGGGCAGGGCGAAGAGCUGCCGCUCCCGCCGCGGCGGUUCGACCUCGUCGUCUCGCACCUGAUGCUGCACCACGUGCCGGACCUGGCGCCGCUGCUGCGGACCAUGAUCGGGUGCCUCCGGGUGGGGGGCCGGGUAGCCUUGACGGACUAUGAGGACUUCGGUCCCGCGGCGCGGCGCUUCCACCCGGAGGCCAAGAUGGACGGCGUGGAGAGGCACGGCGUUCGGGGCGCGGACAUGGAGGCGCUGCUGCGCGGGGCCGGGUUCGUCGACGUCGUCGUCGAGACGGCCUUCGAGAUGGACAAGGCCGUCGAGACGGAGCCGGGCAGCGGCGUGCUGGGGCCGACCAUGACGUUCCCGUUUUUGAUAUGCCUGGGCAGGAGGCCGUAG